UAUAUACGUCACUUGUAACUUAUUGUCAAUUUAUAUAAUAUUUCUACAACCUGAAUUAACAAAAAAUAUGAACGAACAAAAAAAAUCACCCCAACACUUGGGGGUACCCUACCAAAGGUUAUCCGACGAAGCGGAUCACUUGGCUCCCCGACCCAGCAUUUUACUACCUCACUUGCAAGAAUCAGAAAAAAAAUUCUUCGAACUUGUAGCAUCCGGGGACGUAUUGGCUGUAAAAGAUUAUCUGGAAAAAAUACCAAACUUCAACAUAAACUGUGUUAACUUCCAAGGGGUCUCGGCCCUAAAAGUGGCAGUUCAAAAUCAUAUGGAGCCAAUGGUUGAGUUUCUUUUAACUAGACCCGGAAUUGAUAUUGGAGACUGUAUUCUACAUGCAGUAAAAGACAACCAAGUAAAAAUCCUUCAAGCCCUAUUGCAGAAAAUCACAGAAAUAGCUCCAAGUUUGGAAUUCGUUGGUGUGACGCACAGUACCGACUUUCCCGAUUAUGUUACACCUUUAAUUCUUGCCGCACAAUGCGGCCAUUAUGAGAUUAUUGAACUUUUAAUUCAGAGAGGUCACACGAUAAGUAAACCACACCCGCCCAGCUGCAGGUGUGCUGAUUGUAGGGUGCAUCUAGAAAGGGAUGAUCUUCUACAUGCUGAAAGUUUACGGUUAAACCUAUAUCGAGCAGUCUGUAACCCAGCCUAUAUUUGCCACUCAACCCACGACCCAAUUUUAGUGGCUUUUCACUUAUCUCAAGAACUGAAAGAAUGUUCCAGUUUAGUGUCAGAGUUUCGAGCAGCAUAUCAUGAACUGUCUACGGAAAUCAGCUCUUUUGCUGUAGACCUCAUCGCUUGCUGUAGAAGCACCAGCGAAAUGGAAGUCAUUUUAAAACAAUCGGCCGGAAUGUCGUCGAGGAUUAUAUACAGUUUACCUCGUCUAGCGUUAGCCAUGGAUUAUAAACAGAAAACGUUUGUGGCUCAUCCGAAUACUCAGCAAAUAGUUGAGGCUACAUGGAGUGGUGACUGGCACGAGUAUAAACUAAAAUCACCAUUGGUCAGCUAUUUAUUACCCGUAUUACGAAUAUUUGUGUUGCCUGUGAUUGCUUUGAUGUGCCUGGCAUUACCAAAUCACACACUUACGAAGCACUGGAGCAUCCCCUUAAAUAAAAUGAUAAGCCAUAUUGCAUCUUACUCAGUGUUUUUGCUGUUAAUAUUCUUGCAAUCGAACAUGGAUAAAACUGGGCAAAAGAGACAGCCACCUAAUUCAGGACUGGAGAUACCAAUAAUGCUUUUCGUUGCAGGGCAUAUUUGGGCUAGCCUCAGAAUGCUAUUACUCAUUGGGCCUGUAUCGUAUUUUAAGAAAUUGUGGAACUGGCAUGCGGUGAUUAACAACCUUAUGUUUUUGUUAACGUUUUUAUUUUGGCUAGCGUCAUAUUUUGACGCUCAACAUAACGAUCAAGUUGACUUGGAACGCAAAUACUGGCAUUCAUUGGACCCCAUAUUAAUUGCAGAAGGAACAUUUGCAGUCGCUGUAAUAAUGGCUUACUUCAAACUAUUGUUCUUUUGCAGGCUUAAUUAUUACGUUGGGCCGCUUCAAAUUUCUUUAGGAAAAAUGUGUGCCGACAUGGCAAAGUAUUUUACAAUAUUUUCAAUAAUUAUUAUUUCUUUUACUGCCGGUCUAUGUAGGUUUUAUCAAUAUUACGAUGGGAUGGUGCAGGUUGACGAAAACGAUAUGAAAACUCAACAAGUAUCUUCUUUUGUUGACUUCAGUUCUACACUGAAAACAUUCUUUUGGGCAAUAUUAUGCAUGUCCUCCCUAGAAAGUGCUGAUGUGAUCAUAGAAAAUUUACCAGGCGACACACCAAAAACAACCAUAAUCAAUAAACACGAUUUUACCGAAGCUGUUGGUUAUAUAUGCUUCGCACUAUUUGAAGUCCUUAUUGUCAUCAUGAUAUUAAAUAUGCUCAUUGCUACUAUGUCUUCCACCUUUCAGCGAGUCUUAGACAACCUGGAUGUGGAAUGGACCUAUGGCAAAACCGAUUUUUACCUCGAAUACAUGCUUCACACAACACUUCCUUCACCAUUAAACCUAAUACCCACCCCUAGUGGAGUUACAAUGUUUAUGGAGACCAUGAAUGGUACAAGAAGUGCUGGUAAUACCGAAGUUUCAGGUGGAUGUUGUCAAAGAGGCAAUUCGCAACAGCCGAAGGUAAAAUCAGAACCUGCGAUAGAAUAUCCAGCUCUGAUGUCUCUAUUGGUCCAAAGAUACUUUAGAGAAAAAGAUGAGGCAAACCAGGCAGCGAGCGAGUUGGACGUUCUGAGGCAAGAAAUUCACGAACUAAAGGCAUUGCUUAAUGACAUUAUCGCGGAAAAAGAAGAGUAGGAAAAAAUACGUCUGGAUUUUUUAUCUAAUUUUAUAAGUAAAAAUAAAAAUGUAUUUUAAAUCA